AUGGACUUGGAGGAUUUUCCCAACAUGCCAGACGCCUCGAAACAUGCCGACUUCAUGAAACAGGCAUUGCGAAUGGGCGAGAAAGCACUCCAGUCCGGCGAAACCCCGGUGGGAUGCGUGCUGGUCUACAACGACCAGGUUGUAGCGUGGGGCAUGAACGACACCAACCGAUCCUUGAACGGAACCAGGCAUGCCGAGUUUCUCGCCAUUGCAGAGAUGCUCCAAACGUACCCUAGGUCGGCAUUGGCCUCCGCCGACCUCUACGUGACCGUCGAGCCGUGUGUGAUGUGUGCCUCGGCGCUGAAGCAGUACCGCAUCCGCCGGGUGUAUUUCGGCUGUGCCAAUGAGCGGUUUGGCGGCACCGGCGGUGUGCUCCCCUUGCAUUCAGAUCCAUCGAUUGACCCUCCAUAUCCGGUGUUCGGGGGUCUCUUUCAGAAAGAAGCCAUCAUGCUGCUCCGACGUUUCUACAUACAAGAGAAUGAGAAAGCAGCACCCAAUCCCCGACCCAAGAAGAAUCGUGAGUUGAAUACUAGAUUCGAGGAUGACGAAACCAUUCUGCCAGCGUGA